UUAUUUACAUACCUACCUGAUAAAUAUUCAGAUAUUUCAUCAGAUUUGUAUUGUGUUUAUUUUUUAUGAUACUUGUAACUUAUAAUUUUAAUAGACUCUUGCAGUGUACAGUAUUUUUGUAAAAUUAUGAGUUUAUUCUUGGUUAACGAACAAGAUAAGGAAGAAUUCCUCACUUAUUUGGACGAAAAUGGUAUCUUGGAUAAACUAACCGAUGUACUAAUCAUGUUGCACAGUGAACAAGAAACACCUUCAGAUCCCAUCGAAUAUGUGAGGAAGAACAUAUGUGUGGACAACCCGGACGUUGUAGAAAUCAAUGAAUUGAAGACCCAGAUCCAGAAAGCCAAUGUUGAACUAGCUAAGCUUCAGAAGAUCAGGGAUGAACUCAAAGUUCGUCUGGAACAAUUUCAAACUGAAUUACAACUGGAGGUUGAGGACUAUGAGGAUGAAGCGGUCAAAGUAGCAGACAACGAUGAAUAUGUCGAUUAAAAAUUCGGAAAUCAAGUCUCCAGUUUCCCGCUGUACUUUAUUUAAUUAAUAAUAAUUUUAUUUCAACUGUGAAAA